GAUAAAAGGGGUCGCUGCUUUCUCUACUCUCUAUUAUUUCAGACAGCCUUUACUUUUGGCUUUUCAGGAUCCGACCUCGAUAUUUUGAAACGAAACGAGAAAAUGGAGGGCGAUUUAAACGCGAAGCUUCUGGAAACCAACUCAGAAGAAGAGGAGAGUUUGGGGAGAAAGAUAUGGACGGAGACGAAGAAGCUUUGGAUCGUAGCGGGUCCCGGUAUUUUCACGAGAUUUUCGACGUUCGGCGUCACCGUUAUCAGCCAGGCGUUCAUCGGCCACAUCGGCUCAACGGAGCUCGCGGCCUUCGCUCUCGUCUCCACCGUUCUUGUCAGGUUCGCUAACGGAAUCCUGCUGGGCAUGGCCAGCGCGCUCGAAACACUCUGUGGUCAGUCAUUUGGUGCCAAGCAGUACCACAUGCUCGGGGUCUACCUUCAACGGUCGUGGAUCGUCGAGCUCGUGUGCACCUUCGUCCUCCUCCCGAUCUUUAUAUUCACUGCCCCGCUCCUCCGUCUGCUGGGCCAGGAAGCAGAGAUUGCAUCAGUGGCGGGGACCAUCUCCCUGUGGUUUAUACCAAUCAUAUUCUCCUAUAUCUUCUCCUUCACAUUGCAAAUGUACCUCCAGGCCCAGAGCAAGAACAUUAUCAUUGCCUAUCUGGCAGCCCUCACACUGUCACUCCACAUCUUUCUCUCAUGGCUCAUGGCCGUAAAGCUGGAGUGGGGCAUCCCGGGCGUGAUGUUGUCCAUGAUCUUGGCGUCUUGGAUCCCGAUCAUUGGCCAGAUGGGAUUCGUGAUCUGGGGCGGGUGCCCGGACACCUGGACGGGGUUCUCAAUGCUGGCUUUUAAGGAUCUGUGCCCGGUGAUCAAGCUCUCCCUCUCAUCUGGUGUAAUGCUUUGUCUGGAGCUGUGGUACAACACUGUGUUGGUUCUGCUAACAGGCCACAUGAAAUAUGCUGAAGUUGCAAUAGAUGCUCUCUCCAUCUGCCUCAACAUCAACGGCUGGGAGAUGAUGAUAUCAGUAGGCUUCUUGGCUGCAGCAAGUGUGCGGGUAUCAAAUGAGCUGGGGAGAGGGAGUGCCAAGGCUGCGAAAUUCUCCGUCAUUAUCGUGACGGCAACGUCGUUAGCCAUUGGGUUCGUGCUUUUUAUAAUGUUCUUGCUGUUCCGCGGCAAGAUCUCCUAUAUUUUCACAGAGAGCGAAGAGGUUUCCUUGGCAGUGGCAGACCUUUCUCCUCUCCUUGCCAUCUCCAUCCUUCUCAACAGUGUCCAACCAGUCCUCUCUGGGGUUGCGGUUGGUGCCGGUUGGCAGAGCGUGGUCGCAUACGUGAACCUGACAUGUUAUUACUUGAUUGGGAUACCGAUCGGGGCCAUUCUCGGAUAUGCGGUCGGGUUUGGAGUUAAAGGAAUUUGGAUAGGAAUGCUGCUCGGCACAGCUAUUCAGACUCUUGUGCUGAUGUACAUUACUUGGAGAACUGACUGGAAUAAGCAGGUAGCCAAUGCUCUUGCACGUGUGAACAAGUGGAGCGUGCCGGCAUCCAACGAUAGGAAUGGUAGUCAGCCAACUGUUUAAAUCCAAUCCCCAAAGAGCCUGAGAUUGUGAAGAUCUGACGGCUGUGGCUGCAAGUAUAAAAUGAAAGCCCCAUGGAUUUUAAUACCCUUAUAUUGGGUGAGAAUCCAGGCGCAGGAGCUGCACGACCCAUGUUCGAAAUUGGAGGGUAUUUUUUCGUUUGAUGGUUAGCCAUGUGUAUCCACGUCUUGGGAUUCGGGACAUUUUCUGGAUUUCAAAAAGUUGUUUUUGGAUUUGGAAACGGAAGGACGUGAUUGGUAUUUGUUCUUUACAUGUGUGAAACAUUUCUUAGUGUUUGAGUUUCUAUCACGUCGGGCGGGAAUCCGGAGACGGUUCCAUUCCCAAAACACGAUUCGGA